AAGAGUAGACGUCAAAUAAGUUUUGUUAUUCUCAAUAUUUUUAAUAUUCUGUCAAAAAAAAAAAGAAAAUUUUAAAUUAGAAAAAAAAAGAAGAUAAAAAAAUUAUUUGAAAUUUUUUAUUUUUUAUUGCAAAUAUUAAAAAAAUCAAUAUUAAUAAUUAAUUUAAAUUAAAAAAAAUAAACAAUAUUGUGUAAUUUGAGUAAGCCAAGAAGAAAUUAAAGUAGGAAGCCCAGAAUUAGAGAAGAAAAAAUAAAAAUUCUUUGUUCCAUCAAAAAUUUGAUUUUUUUUUAUGUGUUUUAAGUAGGUACCUGCCUACCUAGUUGGGGAAUUUUUAAUAUUUUUUUUUUCGUAUUCGAUAGCAAGGAAAUCUUUAAAUGUGAUUUUAAGAAAUCAACUUUUUAUUAGAGUGGAACGAAAAAUACAAAAAAUCAAUUUGUCGAAAUUAAUCUUGAUUAUUUGAAAAAGAAAAAAAAAUUCUUUGCAAAUUAUUCUUAAUUUUUUUUAUAUUAUAUUUUGUGUGUGCUUUUUUCUGUGUAAUUUAAAAAAAAAUUAAUUAAGUAUAUAAGGAAGUGUAAUUUUAUUCUCCAUCCAAAUAUUUUAUACAUAUAUACAUAUUAUAUAUCUAUCUAUAUAUAUAUAUAUAUACAUAUAUCUUAAUAUCUGCUAUAUAUACAUACAUACAUACAUACUUACAUAAAUUUUAUGUAAAUAUAUAUCUAUAUCAAUAUAUACACAUAAAUAUAUAUAAAAAGUUUAUUGUUCUUGGUGAAAAUAGAAAAAUAGAAAAUAAAAAAAAUAAAAAAUGGCGGAUGUAGAAUCAUCCUCAAGUUCUUCUGUUGUAUCACAACCACCAACAUCUACAAGUCAUAUAAAUCCAAUAAUACCAUUAAUUGCAGCUGAUAUACAUGUUGAACAAACAUCAUCAACAACAUCAUCAACAUCAGGAUCAGCAUCAUCAACAAAUAUUAUUAAUUCUGUUGUUGUUGGUAAUAAUAAUAAUAAUAAUAAUGUUGCAACUGCAUCAUCAUCAACAUCAACAUUAUUAUCAACAGCAACAUCAUCAUCACCAUCUUCAUCUACUGCUGCAACAUCAAUUAUAAAUCCAAUAAAUAUAACAUCAUCAACAACAACAACAACACCAACAAUUAAUCCACAACAACAACAACAACAGCAAACAUUAUCAUCAUCAUCUUCGAAUAUAUCGGGUGGUAUUGGUGUUGCUACUGUAUCUAUUGCUGCCAGUAGUAUACAUAGUCCAAUACAAGCUGCAACAUCAAGUUCAUCGAAUAUACAAAUUGGUAUCGGCGGUGGUGAUAAUAAUAAUAAUAAUAAUAUUAUUGGUGGUAAUAUUAUUGUUGGUGGUGGAGGUGGAGGAAUAGGAGGAGUUGGAAGUGGUAUUAUUGGUAGUGGUGUUGGUAUUGGAGGAAAUAAUAAUUUAUCAUCAUCAAUCAAUAAUAAUAAUAAUACAACAACAAAUAAUAAUAUGUGUCGUAAAUUGGGUCAUGAUGAUGAACCAGAAACAAAAAAAAUUAAAUUAGAUCAUAAUAAAACAGCCAGUUCAAAUUCUGGUCAAAUUGAAAAAUUAGAAUCACGUCUUUUAUCGGCAUUAUGUUGUGCUGUUUGCUUGGAUUUACCAAAAACUGCAAUGUAUCAGUGUCAAAUGGGACACCUUAUGUGCGCUGCAUGCUUUUCUCAUUUGCUUGCAGAUGGGCGUCUAAGGGAUCAAAUGGCAACAUGUCCAAAUUGUCGUAUUGAAAUAUCAAAAAGUACAGCAACAAGAAAUUUGGCAGUUGAAAAAGCAGCAUCCGAAUUACCGAGUGAAUGUCAAUAUUGUAAUAUUGAAUAUCCGUACAAAUCUUUGGAACGUCAUGAACAAUAUGAAUGUCAAGAACGUCCAACAAAUUGUAAAUUCAAUAGAAUUGGUUGUCCAUGGAGAGGUCCAGCUCAUGAAACAACUGAACACGAAUCAGUUUGUUCACAUCCACAUAAAUCGGGCUAUGAAGUGAUGUCAGCAUUAGAAGCAUAUGAUGCUAAAUUGGAAAAAGAUAAAAAAGUGUUCUCAACUCUAAUAGAUUUAUUAAGUUAUGAAAAAAUCAUUUUCAAUGAUCUCCAAUUGAAACCAUAUCGUACAGAUGAGUACGUUCAUAAAUUAUAUUAUGAAACUUCACGUUUUUCAGCAUUCAAUCAACAAUGGGUUGUUAAAGCUAGAAUUAAUAAUAGUCAACGUGAUCCACAUCAAUCAAAUGAAAGAACUAUAACAUACCAACUUAUAUUGAAAACAAAAACCAGUACUCCAAUGAGUAUUCACUUUUUUGCGUUAAAAGGACCAUUUUCAGAUAUGAAAGUUGGUACACAAAUUUAUAAACAUGAUUUUACAGACCAAAGCGCAGAAAGUGAUUAUUAUCAUUUACCUUUACCAGACAGUUCUGAAUGUAAUCGAUUACUUUCGAAUAAGGCUAUUAAUUUAAGACUUUUAAUGUUUUUGCUUAGUAAAUAAGGAGUUUUCAUCUUUAAAAUUUAAUUUUUUUUUUGUCGAUUAAAAUAAUAUUAAAAAAAAAAAAACAAAAUUAUUAUUGAAAUUUUUAUGUAUUCUAAAUUAAAAAUGAGAGAAAAAAAAAAACAAAAAAUUCAAAUAAUUUUUAAAAAUUAUAUUUAAAAUAAUUGACAUUUUAUUAAAUUCAUAUUUUUUUUUAUUUUUUUUUUUUCGUUGUUUUGAGCGUUAUACAAUUAAUAUACACACUUUUUAUCUAUAUAUAAUUACAAAAAAUUUAAUUAGGUAUUAUUAAAAAAAUAAAAUAAAAUAAAAAUUCUAGUUUUUUUCUCUAUAUUCAACAAAUAAUGUGUAUUUU